CAUUUUCUUUCAUGAUGAAAAUUUUUGGGAGUUGUUUCUUACUUUGCAUUAUUGGCUCAGUAUGUGCCUCUCCAGCAAAGGUGUCCUACCGCGAAGAGAAAAGUAUAGAUUUUGAAGAUGACCCAUUUGGGUAUUUACAAGACCAGUUUGCCAGCUUUCUGAACAGUAUUCUCGAAAAAGACAAUUUUCAAGUAUCCGAAGAUACAGAAGUGAGUCGAAACGAUAUCAGCGUCAAUGAUGGAAAUAUUGCCAGAAGUGGAGAUGUUGAGGAUAAAAUUGAAAAUUACAUCAAAACGCACGAUGUUACCAUCAACUUACCAAUUGUAGGUUCAGUAACAUUAGGAGCAAAAAAUCUGGAUAAUGAAGAAUUGGACUUCAGUUUGAAGUUUGGUAAUAGAGGUGUGGAGGAAGGUCGUAAGUCCAAACUGAAGAAGAUCCUCAUUCCAAUUCUGGUGUUUGUCCUACUGAAAGCCAUUACCGUAGUACCUUUAGCAUUAGGAGUUCUUAUCUUGAAAGCAUGGAAUGCUUUACAACUUUCCUUCUUCUCCUUUGUUAUAUCCUCUGGUUUAGCGAUUUUCCAAUUGUGUAAGAAAAUCGCAGAAAACAACGCACAUGCUCAAGUUGCUGCCCAUGGACCUUGGGAAGCUCCACCUGAGAGUCAGCAUUACGCUAGAGCUUUCGGAUAUGGUGAAGACGCUCAAAAUUUGGCGUAUUCUGCCUAUUCUCAAUAGACAACAAAUUUAAAAUAAUUCAUUCUUAUUUAUCUUUUCUGAAUCUAGUCUGAAAUAUAAUUUAUUUAUUGAAUA